CUCCCCCUGACCGUGACUUUGCUUUCGAGCACGGCUUUCCUCAUCAUUCUCCGUCGUCCUCGCUUUCGCACACCAUGCUCGUGGUGGAGCUCCGCCUCAGGCAACUACACUAGGCAUGCGGUCCACGCUCGCUUGUAAUAUGCCAGAUGAAUGGCCGACCAGUCCAAAAUACAUACUUAUCCUUCACUCUGACCGUCAUCGACUAGGAUUUGUUAUUAUCAGGAUAUAACACCGAGUAUGCCGCCACGGCAUCUGGCUCGAAGGAACCUUUCCUGGCUGACAGCUCGAGGAAAGGAUCGCUUUGUCCGAGUCCAUUAUUACCGUCUGCAUGAUGAGCACUGCAGAUGGUCUUCCUCUUCCACGCCUUCACAGGCCCCUCGAAUGGAUCAUGAAAGUUGUGUGUCAGCAGACGCUGCUAUCAAACUUAUCAUGGGCGGUACACGGGUAGUGCAGAUGCUGUGGAGACAUCCUGGCAGCCUCAAGCUUCUCCAUCAAAAUACCAUCAAGACCCGAUUCUCACUUGCACGCACUGCACCGUUUAAUACUGUUCGUGCUAUGCAUGUUAUGCCCCACCUUUUGCCCGUGUCUGAAGCCGCCCAGAUACACAUGGUUCUGCUUUGUCGAGCGCUAAUCAUACCGCUGGGCUGUGCAUGCGUUAUCAAUGACUCAAACAGACCGCGUGCGUACAGCGCCUGCAGAUAGCAUCCCGAUUGAAUGGAGGUGUGUGUGUGAUCUGAACAUAGCUGUGCAGCGCCUGCAGUGCGGGGCAAUGCACGCAGUCAUGCGGGCGGUGUGUGGAUUUGCCGGAAGUUAUUAUAUAGAGAAC